AUGGCGUUGAAAAGUAGUUCAGCUGAUGGUAGAACUAGGAGUUCUAUACAGAUAUUUAUUGUAGUUGGGUUAUGCUGUUUUUUUUACAUCCUGGGUGCAUGGCAAAGAAGUGGAUUUGGCAAGGCUGACAAUCUUGCUAUGGAGAUUACUAAGAGUACAGGGGACUGUAAUAUCAUCCCAAAUCUUAGUUUUGAGACCCAUCAUGGUGGUGAAGUUGGGCCCGACGAUGAUUCUGAAUCUAAACCCAAAAUUUUUCAGCCUUGCCAUCCUCGUUUCACUGAUUACACCCCUUGUCAAGAUCAGAAGCGUGCUAUGACUUUUUCUAGGGAAAAUAUGGUUUAUCGAGAGAGACACUGUCCUAAAGAUGAGAAGCUACGCUGCUUGAUCCCAGCGCCUAAAGGUUAUGUCACUCCAUUUCCUUGGCCCAAGAGUCGGGACUACGUUCCCUUUGCUAAUGCACCCUAUAAGAGCUUGACUGUCGAGAAGGCUAUUCAGAAUUGGGUCCAAUAUGAGGGCAAUGUGUUUAGGUUUCCAGGUGGAGGAACACAGUUUCCACAAGGAGCUGAUAAGUAUAUUAAUCAGCUAGCUUCGGUGUUGCCAAUUACUAAUGGGACAGUCAGAACUGUGUUAGACACGGGUUGUGGGGUUGCCAGUUUGGGUGCAUACCUCUGGAGCAGGAAUGUCAUUACCAUGUCAUUUGCUCCAAGAGAUUCACAUGAAGCACAGGUCCAAUUUGCUCUUGAAAGAGGUGUACCUGCUGUUAUUGGUGUUAUUGGUACUGUAAAGCUACCAUAUCCGUCCAGAGCCUUUGAUAUGGCUCAUUGCUCUCGUUGCUUGAUUCCAUGGGGAGCUAAUGAUGGGAUGUACCUGAUGGAGGUCGACCGAGUUCUCAGACCUGGUGGUUACUGGGUGCUUUCUGGACCUCCCAUCAACUGGAAGAACAAUUACAAAUCAUGGCAGCGUCCCAAGGAGGAACUUCAGGAGGAACAAAGAAAGAUUGAAGAGACUGCCAAACUUCUUUGCUGGGAUAAGAAGUAUGAAAACCAUGAAAUGGCUAUUUGGCAAAAGAGAGUAAAUGCUGAUACAUGUCGUGGCAGACAAGAUGAUUCUAGAGCCAACUUUUGCAAAUCUGCAGACGCAGAUGAUGUGUGGUACAAGAAAAUGGAGGCAUGCAUUACUCCAUAUCCUGAUGGUGGUAGCUCAGAUGAAGUGGCUGGUGAGGAAUUGAAGGUGUUUCCAGAGAGGCUCUAUGCUUUCCCUCCUAGAGUUGCUAGUGGUUCUGUUCCUGGAGUUUCUGUUCAGACAUACCGGGAGUACAAUAAUGAAUGGAAAAAGCAUGUAAAUGCUUAUAAGAAAAUCAAUAAGCUUAUUGACUCUGGACGUUAUCGCAACAUUAUGGAUAUGAAUGCUGGGUUGGGAGGAUUUGCUGCCGCCCUUCAGUCUCCGAAAUUGUGGGUUAUGAAUGUGGUGCCAACUAUAGCUGAGAAAAGUACACUGGGUGUGAUAUAUGAGAGAGGAUUGAUUGGAAUCUAUCAUGACUGGUGUGAAGCUUUCUCCACAUACCCAAGGACCUAUGACCUUAUUCAUGCCAGUGGUGUCUUCAGUUUGUACAAGGACAAGUGUGACAUGGAGGACAUUCUUCUGGAGAUGGAUCGGAUUUUGCGACCGGAAGGUGCAGUUAUAUUCCGUGAUGAAGUAGAUGUUCUAAUUAAGGUGAGGAAGGUGGUAGGAGGAAUGAGAUGGGAUACGAAAAUGGUGGACCAUGAAGAUGGUCCCUUGGUUCCUGAGAAGAUAUUAGUUGCUGUCAAACAGUAUUGGGUUGCCGGUGGAAACUCUACCUCCACGCAGUGA